AUGGAAGAACUCAAAGACGGUAAUUGGGAGCGAGAGUGCAUUGAGGAGGACUGUAACGCAAAUGAGGCGUAUGAGGUUGUUGACGAUGAGGAACAAGGCGAUAGAUUGUUCGAUUUGCUAAAUGACUGUAAAGAAAAACACAAUACGAGGGAGAGUCAAAGUAACUGUGUUGAAAAUGGGAUGCCAGCUGUAACUAGGAAUGAAAAGCAGGACAAAGUUUCUGCAGAAAGCAGCUUGCAAACCCCAGUGAACUGUGGUCCCGAUUAUUUCAGACCUGGUGCAGAAUGGCCUCUUCAAAAUAUGCUUGUCGGAGCUCAAAGUGGUAAAACAGUCAGACUCUGUCAAAAUAACUAUGGGAAAGAUCACUACUUCGCUACACUAUUCAACACGGACACUAACUUGCCUGUCUACUCCGCCAUCAAGAUAAGCCGAACGAAGAAUGGAAAAUCCUACCCCAGACCUGACAAAUUCAUACCUGCCAACAGCGGUCCCAAGCCAAGACCUAAGUCAGUUUGGCUUAAGAUGUGCAAGGGUCUUUGCGGAACUAACACUCCUCCAUCUGACACCUCUUUUUAUUGCAAUCUUGACGAAGUUAAGAGUCCUAAUGAGUGUGAUUGA